AGGCUUUUCUUAGUCUCCCCCAACAAGCAAGCAGGUCUUACGAAACUUUUACGAAAGAAUGACUGUCGACGCGUAUCUAUAUUCAUUCCUUUCUCAGACUUCAAGUCGUCCUAUCAUGUCUCUUCACGAAAAACAGGUCUCGUCGCAGGCUCUGGAGCCCAAAAGCGAUGUAAAAUACAGAGAAAAGAAACCUAAACGCAAGAGUAAGCACGACUCGAAGUACGUUUUGAUAAUUCAUGGAGGAGCGGGAACUAUGUUACGCGAGGGUUCGACUCCUGAAAAGCAGGCCAUGUACAAGGCUGCUCUCAGUGAGGCGUUGAAGAAGGGCUAUGAAGUACUGAAGAAUGGUGGGGAGUCUAUGGAUGCGGCAGUUGCUGCUGUUGCUUCUAUGGAAGAUUGUCCAUUAUUCAAUUCAGGCAAGGGUGCUGUCUUCAACGUAGCUGGAAAGAUUGAGCUCGAAACCUCUCUCAUGGUAUCUAAACCUCCAUCUUCACACCCUCAGAUCCCGUCCUCACGUCGUGGAACCUCUCUUACACUUCUCACCCGCGCACGCAACCCUUCCCACCUCGCUCGUGCUCUUUAUCUCGCCCCAGACCUCGCGCCUCACCCCAUGCUUUCUGGUAGUGCCGCAGAGACCCUUGGUGCAGAACACCUCGGUGUGGAUAUAGUUGACCCAUCGUACUUUUGGACGGAAGCGCGCUGGCGCGAACACAGACGUGGCCUCGGUCUUCCGGAGGAACCCGUCCAAUACCCCCGUCCCCAUUCACCGGAGUCGCUUGCGGGUUCGACCACAGACGUCGAAUCGGUGGAUGAGAAAUGGACUCCGCUGGAUUUAAUGCCAACAGGGACAGUUGGAGCUGUCGCAUUAGAUGUACGUGGUUGCAUCACCGCAGUCACGUCUACUGGUGGACGCACGAAUAAGCUUGUGGGACGCGUCGGAGACACCCCUGUGAUGGGGUGUGGUUUCUGGGCAGAGGAAUGGCAUCGCAAGGGAGGAUGGGUGAAGCGGAUCUGGAAUCGUUUUAGAGGUAAAGGCAAAGCGCAAGGUGUCGGCGUUUCAGGUACGGGCGAUGGCGAUUACUUCAUUCGACAGGCUGCAGCAUCUACUAUCGCCCGUCGCAUGCAAUUUCUCCACGAGCCUGUUGGAAAGGCGGCAGAUCGUGUCGUCAAGGAUCUUUUUCAAGAUGGAGGGCUUGGUGGUGUGAUUGCGCUUGAUAUUGACGGCAAUGUCGCGUUUCCACUUAACUGCAGCGGCAUGUACCGUGGUGUUAUUCGUCCAGAUGGUGUAGCUAAGACUGCCAUCUUUGAUGAUGACGAGCUAUCACCAUUGUAAUGCUGGGUAGUGUUCAUAAUGGAUAAGAUGACGAAUUUUUCAUAUGCGGACCUACUCUUUCAAGUUGGGAUGGUGAUUUGUAUGUGCUAAUGAUUUCUAGUGUGUACUUUUCUUUUCCCGUCGGGUGUUGUACUGUUGUGGUUUUUGUGGAGACUUUCAAGUUGUACAAAUAAGGUGAUCUGAUUCCAGGGUAUUAAAUAAAUUGUCUUUU